CUCUCCUCCAAACACUUCCCAUUCAUCGCCUCCCUCUCACCCCGAUACAAUCUCGGAGGAUUCUCAAAGCUUGACUGAUGACUCUGCUCUGGAUGCCCCAAUCUCCACUCUUGAUAGGCAUCACUGGUGGAGACGGUGAAGCAAGCAAGUGGAAAUGUUUCCGAGCAAGAAGGGCUAUAAAAGGGCCCCUCCUCUACUCGAGGGCUCCAUGUUUCUAUCCUCCCUCGCACAACAGUUGCGCUGAGAAACAGGUCCGUCAACAUGAGAACACUGCCUCUUCUCCUGCCCUCCUUGGCUUUGGGCUCAGCCAUUUCAACUCGACAAGAUUCUUUUCAAAACAAAUGUGCCAAGUUUGCAAGCAAGAUUGAUCUACCCAACGUGCGAGUAAACAUUGUGGAAUAUGUGGCCGGAGGAACCAACCUCUCUAUACCAGACAAUCCUGCGACUUGCGGCGCUACCUAUCAGGCUGUGACGGCCGACUUUUGUCGAGUCGCGAUGGCGGUUGCGACCUCAAACAGCAGCGAGAUCACACUGGAGGCAUGGCUGCCUCGAAACUACACUGGUCGGUUUCUGAGCACAGGCAAUGGAGGGCUCAAUGGCUGUGUUGGGUACGAUGAUAUGGCGUAUACAACCGGAUUCGGCUUUGCGACGGUCGGUGCCAACAACGGACACAAUGGCACGUCUGGCGAACCCUUUUACCAACACCCAGAAGUCGUCGAAGAUUUUGCCUAUCGGUCAGUUCACACUGGAGUCGUGGUUGGAAAGCAGUUGACCAAGCUCUUCUACGAGCAAGGUUUCAACAAGUCCUACUACCUGGGAUGCUCCACCGGUGGUCGUGAGGGCUUCAAGUCGGUGCAGCAGUUCCCCGAUGACUUUGACGGUGUGGUGGCUGGUGCUCCUGCCAUGAAUUUUGUAGGCUUGACCUCCUGGAGCGGUCACUUCUACCCCAUCACCGGAGCCAACACCUCAGACAGCUACCUCUCUUCUGAGCUCUGGAGUGUUGUCCAUGAUGAGAUCUUACGUCAAUGCGACGCUAUCGACGGCGCGCACGAUGGAAUCAUCGAAGAUCCUGAUCUCUGCCACCCGAUCAUCGACACGAUCAUCUGCAAACCCGGUUCCUCCUCGACCAGAUGUCUCACCGGGGCCCAGGCAAACACGGUUCGCCAGAUCCUGUCCCCACUCUAUGGGCUCAACGGGACCCUUGUUUACCCUCGUAUGCAACCCGGCUCGGAGGUGGCUGCCUCCGCAAUCUACUACGGUGGCUCGCCCUUUUCCUACAGCACCGACUGGUACCGCUAUGUGGUUUUCAGCAACCCGGAUUGGGACCCGGCCACCUUCAAUAGGCACGAUAUUGCCGUGGCACUCAAGCAGAACCCGUACAACAUCCAAACCUGGGAUGCGGACCUGACCCCGUUCCGCAAGAGCGGCGGCAAGGUCCUGACCUACCACGGGCUCAUGGACCAAAUCAUUAGCUCGGAGAACUCCAAGCUGUAUUACUCGCGAGUGGCCGAGACGAUGAACCUGCCGCCGGCAGAGCUGGACGAGUUUUAUCGCUUCUUCCAGAUCAGUGGUAUGGGCCACUGUGGGGGCGGUGACGGUGCAUACGGCAUUGGGAACGUGGCCGAUUCAUUCAAUGGCGUUGCGCCGGAGAACAACGUGCUCAUGGCCAUGGUGCAGUGGGUGGAGAAGGGCAUAGCGCCGGAGUUUGUGCGGGGAGCCAAGUUUGUUGAUGGAGUUGGUAGUGGAGUGGAAUAUACCCGCAAGCAUUGUCGCUGGCCCCGGCGCAAUGUAUACAAGGGCCCAGGGAAUUACACGGACGAAAAUGCAUGGCAGUGUGUGUAG